GAAACAAUGAUUAUGAUUUUAUGUUUUAAGUAUAUAUUAAUAAAUAAUUUUUAAUAUGUUAUUAUAAUCAAAUUCUUCAUUAAAUUUUUUUUUUUUAAUCUUAUUUUAAAAUGAGAAAAAUUAAAGUAGGUAAAUUCUGUUUGCUGAAUUGGUCAAACCUGUGGAGGUUCCCACUCUCAAAACUGUUGCCGCUUCUUUCUUUCUUUCUUUCUCCGGCCGCUCUACAGUGCAUUGGUGGGCUAAUAUAGAUGGAGUACGUGAAUCCUGAAGGUCUUCGUUUAGAUGGGCGCCGUCCCAUGGAGAUGAGACAACUUCGUGCUGAAAUUGGGGUUGUGUCAAGAGCUGAUGGUUCCGCUUCCUUUGAAAUGGGAAAUACCAAAGUCAUUGCUGCAGUUUAUGGUCCUAGGGAGGUUCAGAACAGGAGCCAACAGAUGAAUGACCAGGCACUGGUACGAUGCGAGUAUAGCAUGGCUAAUUUCAGCACUGGCGAUCGCCGGAGAAAAACAAAGGGUGACAGGAGAUCCACAGAGAUAUCUCUUGUUAUUCGCCAGACAAUGGAAGCUUGCAUAUUGACAAAUCUGAUGCCUCGCUCUCAGAUAGACAUUUAUGUCCAAGUUCUCCAAGCAGACGGAGGUACAAGAUCAGCAUGCAUAAAUGCUGCCACACUGGCACUAGCUGAUGCCGGGAUUCCCAUGCGUGAUCUUGUCACAUCUUGCAGUGCGGGAUACCUGAAUAGCACGCCUCUUCUUGAUUUAAACUACUUGGAAGACAGUGCUGGAGGCGCUGAUGUCACUGUAGGAAUUUUACCUAAGUUGGACAAAGUGACCCUUCUGCAGAUGGAUGCUAAACUACCAAUGGAUAUUUUUGAAAAUGUCAUGCAAUUAGCAGUCGAAGGCUGCAAAGCAGUGGAUAGCUACAUCCGGGAGAUAUUGUUGGAAAAUACCAAGACGUUGGAGAUUCACCGAGGUGUAUAGCUCUUACAGUCUGAGGAACUUCUAUUGAGUUUUUGUUUGCUGCAAAUCCCAAAGGGAAAAAAGGGUGUCCUGGUUUUGCUGCUGCAAUCUUUUCAAACAAUGGCGAAUCAAAAAGUUAACGGUGCUACUAUUAAGCGAGAGCUUGUGGAGAAAUGAUUUUUCCUAGUCUUUCUUUGACUUCCCUAAUGUCUUUUCUAUCUUGUUACGGUGCUUGAAGGAUUUGUAUUUACGGAUCCCUAUUAAUGUGCAAGUUAAAGUUAUCUUGAAAUGUAUUUGAAGAAGUUUAUGUUAUGGUAAACCAUAGAUGAAGCCCA